CGGGUCCCAGUGCAGCUCUCACACACUCAGAUGACUCCUUCCCUCUAGGCUCCAAUCCACCCUAAUCUGAAAUUCAGCCUCUAUUUUGUAUAUGUUUUGGAGGAGAGAGAGCAGUUGGGGUUAGAAGGAAACCGUUCAUUUCCCCCCCUGCUCAAAUAGCAGGGAGGAAACAAAACCUAACUCAAGGUCCCAGUACCCCUUUCUCCAUAUGUCCUCACUCUCUGCCAGGGCCGAGGCUCCUGCCCAGAGGACCAAGAAGAUGCUCAGGACCAGCCUGCCUCUGGUGUAAUCCUGCGCCCAGUUUCCAGUGUUCGUUUAGGAAGUAUGCAGCUGUCUUGAUGACAGUUCAUUUUAUUCUCAACUUUUGGGAUAUAGGAUGUCACCAUCCCUUCCCUUUAGGAAGUGCUGCCUGAGUGUCUCUGACAUCUCAAGAGAUGACGAGGGCCCUUCCUUUGUCCAGCAGGGACAGUAAAGGCAGGACUUUUAGAAGUGUAUUUUUCAAAGUCUGUAGUAAGUUAGUGACAUUUACUCUUCAGAAUCAAAUCAGUCUUAUGAUAUUCUAAGAACUCUUCAAAGUUAAAAAAAAACCCAAAUAUUUUCCUUUGUAGUUUCUAUGAUGCUUAUAAUACAGAAGAAGUUACACAAUGCUUUUUUCAGACAGGUGUGCAAUGGGGUGAGAAUGCAAAAUUCUAGGUCUCCAAGAACUGUUAGUUCUGUCUAAGAAAAAUAACUAAAACUCACCUGAUUUGUUGGCAGAGGAAAGUCUGAACACUUUGACAGUGUUCUCUGCAGAAGGAAUCCAGGCAGAAAAGUUUUGAGGCAGAUGCUGAAAAAUUUUCCUCCCCACAUCACAGGUCUUUGAUUGGCAUCGCCUGAGCCCCCUUACCUGGGCCCUCCUCACUAGGCGGACUCGGCAGCUUGGAGAACAGAAAAGGACGACUGCUUUUUUGUUGCGUAAACUAAUGACAGUCUCCAGUGGAGGGGGCCUUGAAGAGUCAUCCUUUGUUGACCCCCCAAAAUGUGCGCGGAAAGCGGAGCACAGAACAGGGCUGACUCAGUGCCUCCUUGAGAAGCAGAGAACUCCUGUGUCGCAAGAGAACGUUGUCAGUUCCCUCCUCGACAUGGGUUUCAGUGAUGUCCAUGUUAAUGAACUGCUCAGCAUACAGCCAGGUACCCACCCUCAACAGAUGCUGGACAUCAUUUCAGAAUUAGUACUUUUGGGUCUGAAUCCAGAGCCUGUGUAUGUGGCCUUGAAGAAAAGUCCUCAGUUAUUGAAACUGCCUGUGAUGCAAAUGAAGAAGCGCUCCAGUUACCUGCGAAAGCUGGGCCUUGGAGAAGGGAAGUUAAAGCGGGCACUUUACUGUUGCCCUGACCUUUUCACCAUGCGUCAGCGGGACAUUGACGUCAUCGUCAGGGUCCUGAAGGAGAAGUGCCUUUUCACUGUGAAGCAAGUCACCGAGAUUUUGCACAGGUGCCCGCAUGUUCUUCGGGAGGACCCUGGUGAGCUGGAAUACAAAUUUCAGUAUGCCUAUUUCAGGAUGGGGAUUAAACAUGUGGACAUUGUGAAGACGGAUUUCUUGCAGUACUCCAUGACCAAGACCAAGCAGAGGCACGUGUUCUUGGAGCGACUGGGCCGGUACCAGACCCCUGACAAGAAGGGGCAGACACAGGUCCCCAACCCUUUACUUAAGGACAUCCUCCGAGUUUCGGAAGCUGAGUUUCUGGCCAGAACAGCGGUGUCUUCUGCUGAGGAGUUUGAGGUUUUUAAGAAGCUCUUGGCCCGGGAGGAAGAGGAGUCUGAGGGCUGCAUGGCUGACGAGGAGGAGGAGGAGGAGGAGGGCAGGGAGGAGGAGCAGGAGCUGUGACGGACGGACUGGAGUGAACAGAGCCCAGAGAGGUGGAGGGGUAUCUUAAUUUCCUCAAAGCUUUUGGGAACUUCACUUCAUUCUUCUCAGGUUAUUUUUUAUUCUUAAACUGGUCUUUUGAUGAAAAAUGUUUAGAAAUCACCUGAGAGGUAGACAGGCCAAACUAAGCGGCAGAUGCUUUGGCUUGAUCAGUCAGGUUCGUUGUGGAGGGCCCUGCGCCAUCCUGAAUCACAGACUGGGACCUCCUGAAGUCAGGGGGCUCAGUGCAUCAGAGUCUGGUUUUACUGUUUCUUGGUCAUCUGUGUUGGUGAUAAUUCUGUGACAGUGUGGGGAUGUUUCUUCUGGUUCUAGAGUCAUUUUACAUCCUUCUAGUGACAAAGAGUUAGGAGAAGACAGUGAAGCUUUAGUACAUCACAACAGUUUAUUUUAAUGACAACAAGUAGCAGAUUUUCCACAAAAAUACUCAUGUUUUUAAAUAAAAAAUAUUGCUUUGUAAUUGCGUUCAGCGUACAGCAGAGUAAAAGAAAGUUGACUGGUGA